AUGGCAGCAGAAUAUCAGCAGCCUGUCCAAAACGCAGACUACAGCAAUCCCACUGUGCUCAUCAUCGGGGCUGGUAUCUCCGGUAUCUGCAUGGCAAUUGACUUAAUUCGACGACAUAAUUGUCACAAUUUCAUCAUUGUCGAGAAGAGUAGCUAUGUCGGCGGGACAUGGGGUGACAACAGAUACCCCGGGAGUCGAUGUGAUGUGUGGAGCCAUCUUUAUUCGUACUCUUUUGAGGCAUCCGACUGGACUCGCGAAUUUUCCAGCCAAAAAGAAAUACACACCUACCUCGUGAGGACCGCUCAGAAAUGGGGGUUAUACGAGUACAUCCGCUUUAACACGAUUGUUGAGGAGGCGCGAUGGAGUGACCGUCUCUCCAAGUGGGAGACUGCGGUCCGAGUUUCGAGUGGCUCAAAGGAUGCCGAAACAACCGAUUCAUACACCAUAACAUCGGAUUUUCUGGUGUCCGCUGUCGGCCAGCUGAACUCCCCUUAUUAUCCAGAAAUCCCAGGCAUCAACACUUUCGAAGGAAAGAUCCUCCACUCCGCACGUUGGGACUGGAACCACAAGACCGAAAGGAAGAAGAUUGCGGUCAUCGGGAGCGGAGCGACCGCUGCUCAACUCAUUCCAGAAGUUGCAAAGGAUGCGAAGAGCGUAAGAGUAUUCCAACGCACACCCAACUGGGUGAUACCUCGGGAAGAUGCCGAUAUCCCUCAAUGGCGGCGGAAUCUCUACCGUUACGUGCCUGGUGCCCGCCGAAGGUACCGCGCAGAACUCAUGGACAUCAGAGAAUCGGCGCUCUUCGAUGCAAUUGUUACUAAUGACGAGAAUGGCAAAGAACUUCUGCGUACCAUGAGCCUUGAUCUCAUGAAAAGACAGAUUCAAAAUAAUCCAAAGCUCAUCAAAAACCUGACACCGGACUACCCUCCGGGUUGCAAGCGUGUCAUUAUCUCUGAUGACCUCUUCUCGGCCUUGGACCAACCACAUGUGGCCCUGGAGACAGAGAAAAUAAAAUCCAUCACGUCAGAUAGCAUCACCACUGAAAGCAAUGAGUACAAGGUGGACAUGAUCGUCCUUGCAACGGGAUUUCGCACGAUUGAAUUUUUGUACCCAAUCAAGGUAUAUGGCCUGGAGGGGCGAUCGAUUCAAGACAUUUGGCAGGGUGGGGCGAGAGCAUAUCUCGGCAUGACCGUGGAAUCUCUUCCCAAUUUCGCAAUGCUCUAUGGGCCUAAUACAAACCUUGGACACAACUCCAUCAUUCUGAUGAUCGAAGCACAGUCUCGCUACAUCUCCGAGAUCAUCAAAAAGGUCUGUGAAGCAAAGGCACAAAAUACAUCCUUGGCCAUCAGCCCUUCCCAGCAAACAGUCCAGCUGUUCAAUGAGAAGAUCCAACAAAAGCUGUUGAAGAGUACAUAUGCCAAUCCUACAUGCAAGAGUUGGUAUAAGAUGGAGGACGGGCUCAUCACCAACAACUGGAGUGGCACUGUCAUCGAAUAUCAAAAGCUCACAUCCGUCAUACGGUGGACGGAUUAUCUAGUCUCUGGCUCCUAUGCGAAGACCCUGACCGAUUCCAACACCAGCCAUGUUGGACGAGUCGUCGAGGAGACAAUGAUUGGAAGAUUUGGAUUGAACAUUUUGUUUGUUGCGCUAUCAUCGACGGCAUUUUUCGUUUGGAGGCAUCUCAGAUAA